GGUGCUGAAUACCAGCCUGCUGCAUGGGUGAUCAAGAGCUACGUACCUAGCUAGCUCUGACCACUGGCACCAACUUAUGCAAACUUUUCCAACGGCAGGGAUGAGGUUAUCAGUCGAGUAAGACAACCGCAGAACCUUAGCAUUUACACACGGGCCUGCUGAGACCAAACACUCGCAGCUGCUGGCAGGGACGGAUUGCACUUACGCCUGGAAGCAACGCAACCCAGGACGUAGCUGUGACUGCCUGCCAUUGUUCACCAGCAAUGCAGUCUUCCUGCAAUCCUCUACAUGUAGCUGUGUAGUUGAUUGCUUGGUAAGAAGUCUGACAGCGGGCCUCCAGAUUAGUCCCAGCUGAGGUCUGCUUCCACAACGCAAUUUCAGCUCAACUGGUCGCUGUGUGCAGAGGAGACGUGAGUUUUCCUAUGACCCCAUUCUCUGCUCGGGCCACAGAGUUGAACUUACUCUUUCAACUAGGAACCCAAAAGUCCAUUUGUGAACCAAGAGGAGGCGGGGCAGUCUACCAAAACUGCUACAGCAGUGUGCAGAGCUCCAAUCGCUGCUGCAAGGGGGCACUCCCCCGCUUGAGUUCACGCACAACUGCUGCAACUGAGAAGCUCUUGGGUGUUCUGCAAUCCAGGCUGUCACUAAGCAAGCAGUGACAGUUCAAAACAGCAUUUGUGCUUGGAAAUAGCUUCCAUCAUGCCGAUGACAAGCAGUUCCUCUGGCAGCUCAACAGAGUCUUGGGACUUUUCAACCACUAGCAGUGAGGACCUUGAGGACCUGCAGCUGGUUGUAGAGCCAGACGUGCUCGAUCGCUGCGGGAAGAGGAUCAAGUGCGCCUUCUUCUCACACAGUCUGCAGCGAAACGGCGCGAAUGUAUACCUGCUGCACCUAUGUAGCUGGCUGAUUGACGAAUUUGAGGUGGACCUGGUUUCACCCAAGGAUGGACCUAUGCGGGCUGACUUCGAGGCGCUUGGCGUGAAUUGCAGUGCCAUCAGCCCUUCCAAGGAGAAUCACCGAGAAAGGCAACUCCUGAAGCAGGCGCAGUACACUUUUGUCCUCUGCAACACCAUCAUGCGCGCGGAGGUGGCGGUCAUUGCUGAGGAGAUGGGCACCCCGUGCGUGUGGGUAGUGCACGAGGCGUGGCCGCAGGACCAGUUCGAGUACUACGCAAAGGAAGUCUUCCUCAUGGAUCACAUCGACUCCGCCCUGCUGCACAGAGCUUUCAGUCUCUGCACUCGCAUCAUCUUCCCUGCCAAUGUUCAAAAGGAGCUGUACGCGGGUCUGUACAAGGACGGGGCUGCCCUAUGCAUCUACAAUGGUAUCCCAUUGGACGCCAUUGACGAGUUCGUGAAGAGCAACACCCGGGAAGAGGUUCGCUACGCAAUGGGAUACGAACCAGACGACUUUCUCAUCGUGCAGGUUGGCACCGUGUGCAACCGCAAAGGUCAGCUGUACUCCGCUAAGGCCUUCGUCAAACUGGUCGAGGCGGGGGCGCAUCCCAACGCCAAGUUGCUCAUGGUCGGCGCACGCUACAUCCGCGAUCACGAGAUCAAGUACAUCGACGAAAUCAACGCUGUGGUCGCCAAAGCGGGUCUGCAAGACAGGGUCAAGAUUUUAGACUGCCAGGAUGAUGUCUUCCCGUUCUACCUGGCAGCGGACGUGGUGCUUCAACCGUCUCUCAACGAGGUUCUGCCGCUAUGCAUCUGCGAGGCGAUGGCCUUCGAGCGACCGGUUAUCGCCACCAGAAUCGAUGGCAUCCCCGAGGCUCUUGAUCACCACAGAGAGGGGUUGCUGAUCCCGCCCGCUGAUGAGGUCGCCCUCAAACUGGCCAUAAAGUCUCUAGUGGACAACGAGGAUGAGCGCGUGAGGCUGGGUGUCAACGGGCGGAAGAGGGUGCAAGAGCAAUUCAGCUACCGCAACAUGAUCAACCAGUACAAGGACUUCAUCAACAACAUCGUGGAGAACGAUGUUCGAGUACAGACGCCCGUCCGCACGCCGAGCACGACACGCGGAUUCAAGCAGUGGGAGGAUACCGUUACAGUGUUGGUAGACUUGGACAAUACCGUGGUGGACUGGGACAAGGAGUUUACCAAGCGGUGGAUUGCGGCGGGGAACCCAGCAAGUGAUGCAGACGUCAUCAAAAAGAGAAAAAGAUUCGAGAUCGAGCAGAACUUCAAUGCGCAGCAGACAGAACUGGUCAUAAAGGUCAUCGCCCAGCCCGGCUUCUACGCCCAGCUGGAGCCCUUCCCGAAGGCCUUGUGGGCGCUGCAAACGAUGCUUCAGUCUGGCAUCGACGUGAAGCUGGUGACUUCCCCGCACCCCUGCUGCCGCGCUCAGUGCACAAUCGAGAAAUACGAGUGGGUUGCCAAGCACCUAGGGGAUGAGUGGUUCAAGCGCCUUAUCAUCACCGCAGAUAAGACGGCAGUCCGAGGGGACAUUUUGAUCGACGACAAGCCUGCCGUCGUUGGGUCCAUGAAGCCGCAGUGGAAGCACGUGCUCUUCAAUGCGUCUUACAACGAGAAAGUCACAGGCAAGCCACGGUUGACUGCUUGGGAGGACUGGGAGCGCGCUGUUCUCCCACCUAGUCACCACAAGAUUCGCAGGUCCUUCGGUGCGUGAUCCGGUCCUGCUUGCGUUGCAACGGUUCAAGACAGUAGUCUGAAGUGAUUCUUAGGUACUUCGUACAACACUGUUGUGUAGUCCUUUAAGGAAAGGAACAUUUUGUUGGGGUGGAUGUGUUGUAAUUUUGGCGAAGUGGAUGUGUUGUAAGUGCAAGUAUGGGGAAGACCACCAGGGCACAGGGGCUUAGCGCAGGAUUCAAAGUAGCGGCGUUGCGCAAGAUUCUUCAGGUACCUGACUGUACAAUAUUGUCGAGAUUGUUUGACCCUUUGAAUUCAGAGGGCUCUGUACCAUAGCAGUUCUGUAGCAGAUUCACAAUGUUGGAAGCAGAGGAUGGAGCGACAUAGUCGAUCUAUUGACGUUGCGCAAAGGCGCCUGUACUGUCAAAGCUACUCGUGACUCGUACACACUGAUUGAAUAUCG